AUGAGCAAGCUAAUCAAUACUAACGACAAUGAGUUCAUCGGUGUGAGUAUACAGUAUCGCCUUGGUGCUUUUGGUUUCCUCGCUGGGGACGAGGUUUUCCGCCACGGCGUAGUCAAUGCGGGCCUUCUUGACCAACAAUUCGCUCUUCAAUGGAUACAGCGGCGCAUUUAUUGCUUUGGUGGAGAUCCAAGGAGAGUCACGAUAUGGGGCGUAUCGGCCGGAGGCAGCUCUGUCAUGUUGCAUAACAUCGCUUAUGGAGGUACUCUGGGCACUUCGCUUUUCAGUAACUCUACCUCGUCCUCGCCAUAUCUACCACAGCAGUAUAGCUACACAGACUGGGUCCCAUCACAAUCUUACUAUGCCUUUACCGCGCGUGCUGGAUGCUUCACUCCCUGGGGGGUAUGGCAACAGUUCUCGAACCAUCUUUCAGUGUCUUGUUUCGAAAGAUACAACAGAUUUGCAGGAAGCUUCAGCAGUGGUCUCCAAGUCAGGAAGAUACGCAACGCCGCCGAGGAAGGUUUCAGCUUUGUGCCUCAGAACAUCCGCACAGAAGCUGACCUUCACGCCUGGAUCUUUCUCGUCUUCCCGCUAUUCGCGAGUGAGGACGUUGCGAAGCUACUCUAUCACUAUCCAUCUUCAAGUCCCAUCUUCCCGAAUCUCGCAACAUCGGGUACCCGCUGUCCUACAGCUCUCGACACUAGUGCUACAGCAUCCGGCCUUCAGCAAACAGCAAAUCUCAUCUACAGCGAGUCGACAUUCAUAUGCCCGAGCUAUUGGCUAGCAAAAGCGUACAGCUCAUAUCGUGCUGGCGGCUAUAAGUUUCAGACGUCAACACCUAUUGCGUUGCACGGCCUCGAUGAUCUAGCGGUGUUCGGUAACAGAGAGCUGCUUUCUCAAGGUCGUGACUACCUCCAUGCUGUGCAGAGAAUUUGGGGCAACUCCAUCAGAACUGGUAAUCCCUCGAGUCGUUCGGCGAUCACAAAGGGUGAGAGCUCAUCGAACUUAAAGGCGAGUUAUCGACUGGAGAACUGGCCUGUGUAUUCUUUCCCCGAGUCAAAGAUGAUGAAUCUGAAUCACACUGGCGGGCUUGUUGUUCCCGUCAACAAGACACUAAACGCGGUACCCAAUCAGGUCAACGCUACAUGGUCUGUGGAGCCAGGCUUGAAGAAUGAUUUCAGUGUCGUCGAUGCUGCCGUUAGUCUGACUUCCUUCACGCUGAUCCUUAACCUGCGAUUUGGUGAACGCCGUGUAGCCAUCCGAUAA